GAGAGAGAGGAGGAGGCGGCGGCGGCGAAGAAGAGCGAGUGCGGAGCGCCGAGCCGCGGGGCUGCUCCGGAGCCGGCGGAACCUCUUUGGAUAGCCGCCCCGGCCCCGGCCCCGGCCCCGGCCCCGGCCCCGGCCCCAGCCGCUCGCGUGGUCGGAGGAGACGCGGCCGCCGCCGCCGCCGCCCGAGCCCGGCCCCGCGUGCCACUCGCCGCCGGCUCGCGGUGCCCGCGCGGCCCCGGGACGCCGCUGCCCCCGCUCGGCGGCCGGGAUGCAGCCGGGGCAUGGCCGCCGGGCCCCCGUCACCUGCCGCGGGGAGCGCUGAGCCCGUUGAGAAUCUGUCUCUGAGAACCUGAAACUUUUCCUGCCGAUACGCCGCCCGCCCGUAUUUCCCAGCAGCCUUCCACCCCAGAACGUUCCAGAAAGAAUCCCACAGGGAGGGGGUCACCUCCCUGCUGCAGCCAAACAGACCUCACCCACCACUACCAGCGUUAAGUCAGAACGGCCAGAGGAAGAUUCUGCCAGCAUUUCCCUUGAGCUGGUCUGCAGACCCCUUCGGCUGGGAACCUGUCCCAGGAGCUCUCCGUCGGCAAACAGAGAGCCCACAGUGCCUCGGGAAAAAUUGGCUGAAUAAAAGGGCAACCAGGACGCCACGGCUCCUCCUGAAGCGAUGGCCCAGCCCUACCCCCCUGCCCAGUACCCCCCUCCGCCACAGAACGGCAUCCCCGCCGAGUACGCGCCACCCCCUCCGCACCCCACGCAGGAGUACUCGGGCCAGACCCCGGUCCCCCCGGAGCACGGCAUGACCCUGUACACACCAGCACAGACCCACCCCGAGCAGCCGGGCCCCGAGGCCAGCACGCAGCCCAUCGCUGGGGCCCAGACUGUGCCGCAGACAGACGAGGCGGCACAGACGGACAGCCAGCCGCUCCACUCCUCCGACCACACAGAGAAGCAGCAGCCCAAGCGGCUACACGUCUCCAACAUCCCCUUCCGGUUCAGGGACCCCGACCUGCGGCAAAUGUUCGGGCAAUUCGGAAAAAUUUUAGACGUGGAGAUCAUUUUUAACGAGCGGGGCUCCAAGGGUUUUGGGUUUGUAACUUUUGAAACUAGCUCAGAUGCUGACCGAGCCCGGGAGAAGCUGAAUGGGACGAUCGUAGAGGGACGGAAAAUUGAGGUCAAUAACGCCACAGCCCGCGUCAUGACCAACAAGAAGACUGCGAACCCCUACACUAACGGCUGGAAGCUAAACCCCGUGGUGGGCGCAGUCUAUGGGCCUGAAUUCUAUGCAGUGACGGGGUUCCCCUACCCCACCACGGGCACGGCCGUAGCCUACAGGGGCGCGCACCUACGGGGUCGGGGCCGGGCCGUGUAUAAUACGUUUCGGGCUGCGCCGCCCCCGCCCCCCAUCCCAACUUAUGGAGCGGCACUGGAGCAAACGCUUGUUAAAAUGCCAGUCCCAUGGGCAGGGCUGGCACCCUGCCCCCUCCCUCCUCAGCAGACGCCGGAGCCGGCCUGCCCACCACUCUCUUGUCCGUUUGCUUCCAGGGUCGUGUAUCAGGACGGCUUUUAUGGUGCUGAGAUUUAUGGGGGCUAUGCAGCCUACAGAUACGCUCAGCCUGCAGCAGCAGCCGCGGCCUAUAGCGACAGUUACGGCAGAGUCUAUGCGGCCACCGACCCCUACCACCACACCAUCGGCCCCCCAGCGACCUACAGCAUCGGAACCAUGGCUAGCCUCUGCCGAGGAGGGUACAGCCGCUUCACCCCCUACUAGCAAGAGGGCCCAGCCCCUAGCAGCAUUCACACUGACUGCCCAGUACACACCACACCCAGCAGGCCAAAACCAGGCACAGCCACCGGGAGGACAGUGCGCCCCCCCCAGUCAGCGGCACGCGACACUGAAGUCCAUAGGUUUUUCCUCCAGCCAGCUGGUGUCCCUGCCCCUCACCAUGGCGUGUGUGUCUUUGACCCUGGUUACCCCUGUGUGUCUGAAACCGUGCUUCCUAUUUUGACUUUGUUGACGUUGUGACCCCCAAGCCAUUUCAGGUACGGUAUGCACACAGUGGGAGGGGCUAGGCUGGGCACGAGACCCCCUCCCCCUCCCCGAGAGCUGGCAGUAGAGCCCUCCAGGGCGACACCCGCUCCCCAUCAUCCCCCGGGGUCUGUGGAGCCACAGGAGAGACACCCCCCCCCCCGCCCGCCCGCCAGCGGCCAGCGGCGGGCCACAGCCACUGCCCCUCCCCUGGGGUUCAGGGAGGGACGCGGGGACGGUGCCCCCUUCCCACCUUCACCUAGUCACAGGAGUAGCCGUCUCUGCCCUCCUCACCCCCGUCCGGCUGAAACUAACAUUUCUGAUUGAAGUUUAUUGACGUUUCCUGCCAAAGCAGUCACAAGCACACGUGCAAGGCGGAAACUGCCGUGGCCACACCAGCCUCGGGGCUGCUGAGCCUCUGUUGUAAGAAAGGAAAAUCUGGGAAGAAAUUCCCCUGCACCCCGCCACCCCCCACGCACGCAUGCACAAAGCCAUCGGCCCUGCAGGGCCCCAGGGGUCGCCCUCAGCCCGCCCGCGGUGACUUCUGGCUGCAGGCUCUCCCAGCCCCCACCCCGCUCCGCCAGGCCCCGGGGAUGGCACCUUGGCCCCGCUGGACUUGGGGUCCCAGCCAGACCGGCACCUGUGUUGGUAUUCGGGCUACGGCACCCUUCCCCUCCCCCGGGCUUGGAGACAUCUUUUUGCCAGGGUCCAUUUCAGGAGGGGGGAGCAGGUCAGGAGCAGGGGGAGCCCCAUCGCGGGCCUUCCUGACGGAACAGCACUCGGUGCCAGCCUCCCCUCUAGUAAAGGUCCCAGGACCGUGCGGGGUCCGGGGAGGAGAGCCUGGCUGGGGCCGCCGGUAAUCCUCAGACAGCCCCGGUAGCUUCUGGAGGAGGCUGCGCGGUCAGGACCUGCCUCCGUUACAGGAGAAAGUGUCUCGGGCCGGGCAAUCCCAGGUGCCCUGACACGCCAGAGUUGGGCUUCCGGGCGCGGCCAGCCAGCGGGUGUGGGUUCCCCGCCCGCCAGGGCACACCGGGUCCCGGCUGGUGGAGUGGCCGGAUCGUGUCCUGGGUGCCGGGCCCUCUCUUCCCACUGCCCAGAGCCCCUCCUUCUCAGCCGCCUGGGUCCGGGCCCCUCGUGGCCUGUGCUAUGCCGUCCACCCACCACGCCCUCUGUCU